AUGUUCAUUGUGGCGGCAACUGCUGGUGAUAAUCCACUUGGCGGAGCUGAUGACCCUGUUCUGAACAAGGUCAACUGGGCAGACCCAGAUCCAGGCCUUACACCCGAGAACUAUGACCUAGCACUGGUAACCUCUGAGUUCAUGCUCCUGGUCUGCUGGCCUUUAUGGCAUCAAGACCGAAAGGCUUCGGUCUACGCGCUAUAUUUCAGGAUUUGGAACCGUCUAGAGAACGGUGCCUCGAAUCGCGAUUUCUCAUUUGUGGCUCUGCGUACUUACGGUACUUCGGACGGCCAUGGCCAGAGCAAGGCGUUCAACAAGCUAGGCAUCGCCAAGGUCUUUGAGUGGAAAGAGCCCGAAGGGUACAUCGCCCAUCGGAAGGGCCCGAAGCUUGACGUGAUGAACAAGGGAUUCAAAUACGAUCUCGGCCCCGCGAAUGUGCCAGGCAACAUCAUCCACAUACCGGAAGUUGAGCAGGACACGUGA